CAUGACGGCACUGCCGGGUUGCCAGGCGCCUGCUCGCUGUUCGCUUGUCAUGGCCGCUGCUCUUCGCCGUCUCUCGCUGCUGCCGGGAGAGCGGGACACGGUUUGGCGCUUGUUGUGGGGUCGGGCUGUGCCUCAGCUCGUGGGGUGUAGGAAUAAAUCCUCAGUCCAGUACCUAGUUCGUCCAGAUCUACCUAAAUUGGCAUAUAAGAGGAUAAAAGGCAAGAGCCCUGGAAUUAUUUUCUUGCCAGGCUUUGCAUCAACUAUGAAUGCAGAAAAGGCACUGGAACUGGAGGACUUUUCCAAAUCACUCGGGCACUCUUUUAUAAGGUUUGAUUAUACUGGCUGUGGUGCGUCCGAAGGCGUCUUCAGUGAGUGCACAAUAGGUCAAUGGAAGAAGGACGUUCUGGCUGUGAUUGAUGAACUUGCAGAAGAUCCACAAAUUCUUGUGGGUUCCAGUAUGGGUGGAUGGCUCAUGCUCCUCGCCGCAAUAGUACGUCCUGAGAAGACAGCGGCUCUUGUUGGCAUAGCUACAGGAGCUGAUUAUUUUGUAACUGCUUUUAACCAGCUUCCUCUAGAGAUGAGGAAAAGAAUUGAAGAGACAGGCGAAUGGUUUAUGCCAACAAAGCAGAAGGAAUCAGAAUUUUUCAAGAUACCAUUCCAAUUCCUUAAGGAAGCUGAAAAUCAUUGUGUGUUGCGUAGCCCCAUUCCAAUAACAUGUCCUGUGAGGCUUAUCCAUGGUUUGAAGGAUGAGGAUAUUCCCUGGCAGAUUUCUUUGCAAGUGGCUGACAAUGUUCUUAGCGCAGAUGUAGAUGUAAUCCUUCGCAAACAUGGGCAGCACCGAAUGAAAGGAAAGGAUGAUCUCAAAUUAAUAGUAUAUACAAUUGAUGAUCUGAUAGACAAACUUACAACACUUGGGUAAAUGCGCAUGAUUCCAAAUUCAUGCUGGACAUGUAUAUUACUUAUCAGUACACUGAAAAGAAAGAAAUUGUCUCCAUAGCCAAUUCCUGUAAUGUGAAUAACCUGUUCUGCAUUGACCCCUCCAAAAAACUUGCUUUUGAAAUGUUGGAGCAAAUAUUCUAUGGAUAAAAAACUUUUUCUAUGCUAUUACCAAGCAAGAAUAGAUGACAACAUUUUGGUAGAUAUUACAUGCAAUGCAGUACAUGACUGCGUGCAGUUUGAUCUGUAAACCUAGGGAAAUGCAUACAAUCUGAGUUUUAAAACAUCACUACAAAAUCUAUUACUGUGAAAUAAGAUGGUGGCUUUUCAGCAAGGGUUUCAGUAUUGCAUUUUGUUAUCACUGGUGUCUAAAGCACAGAACAACUAACUCCUGGUCGUCACAAGUAGGUAAGCCCAACUAGAGGAACUUCACUCUUGACACAGUCUGCUUCCAGAAUGCAGUUCUCACGGGUUGGAUUGAUGCAGUUCUCUUACCAGCAGAAGUCCAUAUUUGAAUGACUAUUUCAGGUGUGAAUGUUGUGCUUUAGUCCCCACUUAAGUAGACUACCUAAUUUUUCUAUAUGCCUUAAUGUGAGCCUAAUAAAUUCUGUCCGAGAAUGCUGCAUUUGCACAUAAUGUUGUAAAUGCUGCUAGCUUCAUUGAAACGAUCUUUUCCUGGUUUGUUCGGCAAGUACAAUUCAGUAUUACAAUUCUCUGUUUUCUUGUGAAUGUACUAGAUUUCAUUUUGAGAGUUCAUAUGGGAUUUUGUUUUACAGAUGUGCCAUGAGUCUCAAAAUUCUAAUGUUACAUAUGUUUUUACUAUAAUUUACUUUAUGUCAAAAUACUUAAUAAAAUUGUUAACCCCUGUGUACUGUGUAUUAUGCUGCUUUUGGAGGCCACCUGGAAAGCAUUUAUUAUCUUAUUAAUUUAUCUGUGGAUCUAAUUAAUGUACAUUAUUUUAAAGGUGAAAUGUCUCUUCAAAGAUUGUUAAAUCAAGGGCCAAGUGAAUUAAGGGAAUUUAAUUACCUAUUUAACAAUUAUUUUGUAGUAAGUCUGACCUUUUUCAGUGAAAUAAUUCUCUAGUGCAGCUAUAUAUGAGAACUUACACUAAGACUAUCCUUACUUAAGCAACCAGAAUUACACCAAAAUGUUGACCAUAUGAACACGCUUCCCAGGUUACCUGUACUUUCAAUGGGAAAGCUCAUAAUUAUUAUUUUGUUAACACCCAGCAUAAACUAAAGAGUCUGUCUUUAGUUUUAUAAAUCUUUUUAGGGGGUUGUUAUGUUCCAGGUUGCUACAAAUAGUAAACAAUCCAUUUGCAGUGUAUUCAAAAAAUCUAUGUUAAUUUGUUUAUAUCUGUGUGUAUGUUGAAACUUUGGAUGUGCCACUUUGUCACAGGUUUUCACCUUGGUGACUGACUUUCUACUGCUUUCACAAUUAAAAGAAAACUAUGAACUGCCA